GUCAACGUAUUGAACUGGUCGUGUGCACCACAAUCUACCGUUACCCAAACGCGAUACUUUUUAAACUGAUUCACGUAAAUAAUAUCGUGUAUUGAUAAAUAAUGAUCUUUUGAUCGCAUGGCCAAGUCAAGUUCCAGAAUAAUCGUUUCAGGUCCCAGGACCGGUGUAUGGGCAGGCAGGAUGCAGGCAUCAUUUUGGCUGCUGCUUUCCGCUGCGGUGGUGUGCGGUAACGAAACACAAGAAAGGCGCUCCAAGCUGCCGUACAUCGCUGAUGCUCUUGGAAAUACUUUACCCCCGCCUUCAAAUUUGCCGGCAACAGUUGGAAGUCCAGUUAAUUUGUUAACACCUGAUAGAUAUGAGUUCUAUACUUUUGACGAGUCAGGAGAAUUGGUUAAAAGACUCAUGACCUUGGAAGAAAUUCAAGCUAUUGUUGCGGCUGGAGAAGACACGGAAGGUUUGGUCACCUUUGCGAACGAUAAUCAACCAACCAUAGCUUUUAAUUUCAGUCAGCCAUCUUAUACAAAGGUACACAGUGUGGUGACUAAUGUUCAAAAUGUUUUAAAGGCUCAAAUGGAAGCGCAUAAGAAUAAACCUAUCAUUCGACCUACUUUAGAUACUCCUGAUGUGUCUGAUUCGUGGAGUUUAAUUUUACCUUCAAUUUUUGGGAACACGGGUCUUGAUAUAACACCCGAUAAAACUACUGGAUCAUACAUUACUCCAGAAACUGACACUAUAGAUUUAGAUCCCCAACUUUACGAUGAGGAAUCUUUGAGCAAAGAAGGAAAUGGUCAAAUAAUUAUAAGUUCCACGGAAGCAGCACUUGAAAAUGAGUCACAUUUUACAACAAGCACUACGAAAUCAAAGUUGACGACUACGUCUACAACAACUUCUACUGCUCCUUCUACAAAACGUGUCCCAACUACAAAAAAUAGUUUCACAACUACUGUCAAGGCAACCACCACUACGACUAUCAAGCCUAGAUCAACUACCACUACUACAACAACAAUUAAGCUAAGGCCAACUACCACCACGACAACUGUCAAGUUAAGACCUACCACUUCUGCUACAACUUUUGUAAAGCCUAAGCCUACGACGACCACUACAACAACGGUUAGGCCAAAAUCUACUAGUACUAUUACAACAAAUGUCAAGCCAAUUCCCACCACUACUACAACUGUUAAGCCUAGACCCACAACUACCACCACAACAACGACAAUUAAGCCUACUACAAAGCCGACAUUAAUAUUAUCAAGUACAACCGUACCACCAAUCUCAACAUCCACUAAAGAGAAUACAUCGCCUAGUACAGAAAAAACUCCAGAAAAGGUGACAGUUGCUACUGAUCGAGUACAAGUCGAUUUUCAUUAUGAACAAACAACUGAAAGAGGUGAUAUCCAAUACGAAAAAGUUAGUACAUUUAUACCUGUAUCAACUUUUACUUAUUUACCAGAUCGUACAACAAAGUUGCCUUUACAAGCAACAAAAGAGGAUCUAGCCCAAUUUGAUAGCGAUGACAAGAAUACCUUUACAUCUGUUUCGAAAUCUCCAACAACCUACACAUCGACCUUUGAUAGUGUGUCGUCAGUAAACAACCAAGAGUUAGAAAAAAAUAACUCGACGACAAUAACCACUCAGUCUAUUUCCCCGUCAACUUCUGUAACAUAUACGCAAAGCACUUCUACUGAACAGUCAAUAAAAAAAAUUAACGUGCAACAAAACCAUGCAAACGCAAACACACAAGAGAGUAUUGCUACCGUUGAAGGGGAAUCAAUGGAUUCUAUGUUUGAUGUAGCACAAAGUAUGAUUCAAAUAGCUUCUGAUCUUGGAGGCGCACAUACACCUACGUCUUCUUCAAAUGAUUUGAUGGAAAGCACAUUAAGUAACGGAGUAAAAUUCGAGAGUAAAGAAAAUUUAGACAUAGAUAUUCCCUCUGAAGUGGAAAAUGCUAGCAAAGUUAAAAUAGAUUUAAAAAAUAAUACUGAUAAUUAUAUUAAAAUAUCAACACUAGACCCUCAUGAUAAAAGGGAAAAUACAACGACAGUUUCUAAAGUCAAUUCUAAUGAUAAACACACACAAACAACAAGUUCUCCAUUACUAGCUUCAAUGACCACAUUGGAUCCUGUUUUAUCCGAGUCAAUGGGUGAUUUAUUGUCCCAAGUAGUCAACGAAGGCCCUGAUAAUAAAUUCGAUGGAGAAAAUUUGACAGAAGAUGACCAAAAAAUCUCAGCAACUGAACUACCAACUAUAGUUACAACUGAGUACAAGGAAAAUAUUGAAUCAACAACCGAGGUUGACGUUGACGAUAGCAAGAUACUUACAUCGUCUGAGGCACCUUCUGGUUCUAACUUGAGUAUUAUUAAAAAUGAAAAUAAUGUAAAUGGAAAAACACCAAUAGAAAAUAUUACAAUAACAGCAAAUAAAGAGAAUAUGAUACAGGUUUCUACAAUUAACUCUGCAUUAUCUGAAGAUAAGUCUACCUUAACAAUUUCCGUGUCAGAUAUUAAUUCCAACAUAAAGAACGAUACAUUUCAAUUAAGUAGUGAAGCUAAAAAAGUACCUCAGUUAAAUUUAGAAGAUACUAAAUCUUCAAACUCAACGCUACCUUCCUAUAAAUCUGAAACAGAGCAGUCUCCUGAAGACAAAAAUAUUAAUUUCAAAUCAGAUAAAAACAGUUUUGAUACUAGCAAAAUAGAAGAUAAGGAAUUCACUGGAAUAAAACAAAGCGAGAAAGUUGCUGAAACAAAAGUUCCACCUAAAAUCGAGGAUUUUAAAAAGAAAAUUCAAAAAGUUAAUAUAGACGAUAAAGAGCUAGCGAGUGACAGGAACAAUUCAUGGAAAUUAAUACCUACCGUAUCUCCAACUAAUAUCCAUGAUAUGAUAAAAAAUUCUAAGGACAAGCCUAAAACAGAUAUCUACAACUUACCGGAAAGUAAUAAUGAUAAAAAUAUUAUUUUAGACUUUUCCAAAGAAAAUCAAGGCUUAGAGUUAACUACUAAAGACCUGAGUGAAGAUAUUGCACAGUUUAGUAAACUGUGUAAUGAAUUGGCUUUCAGAUAUUGGAACGACUUGGUGGAGACUAUGGAUACAAAGAGGAGUUUUGUAUUUUCUCCUUAUGCCGUCACUUCUAUGUUAGCUAUGAUGUUUAUGGGUGCGAGAGGCGCGACUUCGGGAGAAAUGAAUGAAAUAUUGAAGCUAGAUGAUAUGGUGACAUUUAAUCCACACUUUACAUUAAAAAAUAUAUCUGAUUCAAUAGAAAUGACGCCUGCCUCAGGAGUUGCUGUCUCAGCAUUCAUAAGAGAACUGUAUAGUGAUAGAAAUAAAGGAAAAAUUUUAACGUUUUAUAAAGAAAGAGUUCAACAUUUCUAUAAUGGUCACGUUGAGGAGGUAAACUUUAAAUUGAUCAGUGAUAUCAUACGUAGAAGAACAAAUUUACUAGUGAAGAGAUAUACGUGGGGCAAAAUAUUGGAAUUCAUGAAAACCAAUACUAUUGUCAUGCAACCUCCAUUGGCAGCUUUCUCGGCUAAUAUUUUCCAAACGGACUGUUCUGGAACUUCCGUCGAUGGAAGAGAUGGAGAAUUGUACUUUGUAGUAUCACCGAACGUGCGUCAACGAAGACUCGUGCCCGUACCAGCUGUCGUAUACAACAACUUUUUGGCUGGCUACGACCCAACUCUCGACGCUACGGCUGCCUCUUUAGGAAAUAUAAAUUCAAUCGUAAGUACGAUAUUCGUAAUGCCUGGCCAACAAGGUAACAUCGUACACGCAGAAGACUUGGAAGAACUAGAGAAACGUUUGCUGAGUUCUGAUUCAACUACUGCUGCAUGGAAUCGCUUAUUACGUACUCUUCUUCCACGACUCGGUCUUGAACUCCAGAUACCUAGAUUUUCUCACAAAUCUACAUUUAAUAUUACAUCUACCCUGCAAAGGAUGGGUCUCAAAGAUUUAUUUGAUGCCGAGCACGCUGAUUUAGGUGGACUAAAUGGUCCGUCGAAGGAUUUAUAUUUGUCGGACAUGAUACAAUCUAACACGUUUGUUACUUGUGGAGAAAAUGUAAUUGGUGAACAGCAUCACAUAGAACAAUAUCCAGAAUUACAAAAGCGUCGUUCAGCGAGAUGGGUGCACGGCUGGGAUGAGCCAAGAGAUUAUCAGCGAGCUUUUCACGACCCUCAUGAUGUUGGUGAAGCGAUGCAUUUGCCGUUACAUUUGCGACCAAGACAAGCACGUCUGCCGGCGAGAAACGCUCAGCCGGCUAGAUUAAAAUUCGACAGACCAUUUUUGUUCUUCGUCAGACAUAAUCCUUCAGGCAUGAUACUUUAUGUUGGUCGGUACAAUCCGAGGCUGUUGCCGUGAAGAUUUUCAGUAAAGACUGCUAGUGUAGUGUAGUUAAUAAUACUCCUUUAAGGAAAGUGAUAAGGUUUCAUGCUGACGCGUGUGAUAUACGAAAGAAGUUAUUCGAUGAGCAUUUACGUGACAGUAUUAAUUAUUAGUGGCUUUGUAUGCAUUACAAUUGUAUAUCUUUGCAUAUACUAACUUUGAACGUAUGAGAGGAUGCUAUGAAUAAUAAAAUAAAAUAAUAAUAAUUUUAGAAUAGUUAAUUAUCAUAAAG